UACUAUAAAACCCCUGUUUUUCUGUACAUAAUUGAACCUUGCAGUAAAGUGCUUCUCUGAUACUCGUGUCUUCUCUCUGGUCUUCAAAGUCGCUGAGUAGUGCUAGCCUGGGGUUAUCCGAAUAGCUAGGAUCCGAAUAAAACGUUCAACUUACGAGUCAUAACAAUUGGCGACGGGGAUUUCGGUAAAGAAAAAAAGUACAAGAAUUGGGACGUGAUUUUGGCAACAAAAAUACAGCAGUCGGUAACGUAUUUUGGAAUUAAAUAAGCUGUAAUAAUUGCCGGCGGUUUUUUUGGAGUUAUUAUUAUUAUUAGCAGUAAAAAAAAUGACGAUUUCUCUGGAUCAGUUGCAGAUAAUAUUAGAUCACCAGAAUCAGCAGAUGUUAAGCUUCCAGCAGAAACUAUUUGAAACAUUUUUGGACAAAUUUUUCACUAAACGAAACGUCUCAGGAAAUAAAGAAUUUAUUUAUAAUGCAGAUAAUGGUGCGGAAAUGGCCGUCUCAGAGGAACGCCAAGUUGAGGGUUCAAUUCCCUUUAUAUCUGACGGAAAAUGCAAAAUUGGUAAGUUGGCCGGUUCAGAGCAAGACAAUAUCUUGCCUAAUGCACAUGAAACUGUGACAGUAUCAGAUGAGCAAGAAAAAGAAGGUUCCGCAGACAACCCCAGGAGUCCAGAAUCAAAUGAAACACCAUUAAGUCCGCCCAUAUCUGAAGACAAACUUAAGUCAGAACAGAACUACAGUUUGCGUGAUGUUGGCCAAGAAAACUGGAAGAACGCAUGUCCAGAAAAUAACUGGAACAGUACAGUUAACCAAAUUGCGCCAAAUGUGAUUCGAAAUCAUGGGGAGACAGAAGCCUAUAAUAUGGGUUCGCGUAAUGAUGCCCAUAAUUCUGAUGAAAUUUCAUAUAAAGAAAACUAAGUCGGUCGAAUCAGAUGGUGAUCAAAAAUCUAAUGCGAAUUUAUUAGAUGCCGAUUCUCCUAGUCAUCUAAUAUCCUCUAGUGAAAAUUUUAAUGAAUUUGAUGGAGAUAUUUCAGAAAAGCUGAAUUCCGAUAACCUAAAAUCAAAUAUCGUUCAUCAUCAUCUAUUCAUUUCUAGUAGAUUCUGCGUUCAAUACGAGAAUUAUGUCAUACUUAUUGUAUUUUGGAGAUAUGAAGAUCCAACAUUAUUUCGUGGGGGAGGAAAUGUUGGAGAAUUUCAACUUACAGAUAAUUUUUUUAAAAAUCAGAAUCUAAUUUUCGAAUCUUCAAAAAAAGGGAGGUGUUAGAUCGGCUUACAAUAAACUCUAUCAGAGCCUCCAGAGAGGCUCAUAAAGAGACCAACUAAUCAGCGAUUAGUUAGAAGCUAUGCUACUAAAAUAACAAGGUCCUGAUUGGCUGUUAACAUACUGUUACUAUGGGAUCUCAAGGUCUUUUAGCUACUAUAAAACCCCUGUUUUUCUGUACAUAAUUGAACCUUGCAGUAAAGUGCUUCUCUGA